CCAUUCACUACGAGCCGCUCUCUGAUACCGUUGAGCCUGCAAGCAGUCUCUCUGAGCUUGUCAGAAAGAGAGCUCUGGGCUGUUUAUUGAAGGGGUUCACCGGCAGCCAACGACAUCUAGGCGCUCCUAUAGGAUACAAGAGGCCUGAAGGCAGAGGAAGGGAGGCUUUACAAGGAUGCGUUCCAUCGCAGUAGUGGUUCUGCUGGCCACCUGCAGUCAUGUGCUCGCAGUGAAGGACGUCCCAAUCAUCAGAGAGGUCAACAAUGUCGUGGGCAGCAUUGUUGCCUUGGAAAACUCCAUCCUUGCACCAUUGGCACCCUUCGGCAGGAAAUUACAAUCGCUCAUCCCAGCAGUGCCCAACCCAGACCCAAACGUGAUCAAGGCCAACGCCAUUGGCUCCAUCUUCUACGUGGCAGGCGGCCUCUACAACCCCGAGCUCUACAAGGCAGCCAUCACCGGUGUGAAGCCCGCCGGCCGCCGGUUGCAGACCUUUCUCCCCAGCAUCCCCAUCACCACUGCCAAGGGCCCCGACGGCUUCCCAGACCCAUACGGCUUCAUCCCCGCAGCCAAUCUGGUGGCGUCUGCCCUCAAGGGCAAGUUCCCCCACCGCAAAUUGUCCUCCACUGACGAGGAGCUUAAAUGGGAUGCUGAGGCAGUGCACGAGUCCCUCGGAUUCAACCGCAAGCUGCAGCAGGACAAUGUCUUGGCCAACGCGCUGGGCUCCAUCGUGUACGGCGGAGUGCAGACGGUCAACACCAUUAAGGAAACAUACGGCCGCAAGCUCAAGCAGGUGCCCUCUGUGCUUGACCCCACCCGCACCGGCUUCCUCGGCACCGGCAGCAAGGCCAUCCAGGAGAACGCCAUCCUCUCCAUUGCGGGCGACCCGGCCCUCUUGAACGACCCCCUCACUGUGCGCCAGUCCGUCCUUGGAUUCCAGCAGUCCUCCGGCCGCAAGCUCCAUUCCGAGGCUGUCAAGGUUGACGCUGCCACCUCCAUUGCUUCCGGUGACAUCUCAUACGACAAUGUGCACAAGGCCAUCUUCGGCUUCAACCAGGGCACCGAGGGCAGGCACCUUUUGUCUGAGGCUGUCAAGGUUGACGCUGCUACCUCCAUCGCCUCCGGUGACAUCUCAUACGACAACGUGCACAAGGCCAUCUUCGGAUUCAACCAGGGCACCGAGGGCAGGAGGCUUCUGAGCGAGGAUGUCAAGGUCGACGCUGCCACCUCCAUCGUCUCCGGCGAUGUCACAUACGACAACGUGCACAAGGCCAUCUUCGGCUUCAACCAGGGCAAGAACCUCUGAGACUCUCUGAGAGGUUGACCGUGUAAUUGUGAGCAGCCCACGAGCAGAUGGGGUGUGAGCAGCCGGUCUUUGAAUUCUUGGUCCAAGCCCAUGGAUGACUUGGGCAAGCUCUUGCCGUGCAUGAGUCUGUUCAUUGCGUCCGGGGUUGCGAAGGAGAUGUCUUAUGGAGGAGGGUAGCGCAGGGUGGUUGUCAAGGCAAUUUAGACAUUGGGUGCAGCACUUCUAUAGACGGUGCCGCAGAUCAGUCCCUGAUAGAAUUGUACGGCAGAAAAGGAGGAGGGAAAAAGCCGUAUUGCAUUGACAAAACUGAGACCCAACACAGAUAGAGGCAGUGCGUCCCAGAUUGGGACCCACCCCCAUGCAACGCAGUACUUGCGACGGGUAGUAGAGUUCUGUUUUCCAUUUUGUUCCCAAUUUGUUCAGUAGAUCGGGUCCCCACCAUUUUGUUAAAGUGAUCCCCCCAACCGUGCCUCCCACUGUUUGCUGCCUGCUCUUCUCGUGCAUGUUUUGUGCGCAUGACAGACAGGGGCGCUAGGGCCUCCUGUCCUGUACAUAUUAUGAUGGGGGAUGUCCUGCGCACAUGUUCAAGCCCCUUUUCGCGUUGAGUAAAGAAGUCCGAGUCUGUCCCAGUAGAGUCUAUAUUUCGUCUGGUCUCAAGUCAGAUUUGUAAGGGCUGGCCGCAACUC